UUUUCAUUUAGGAAAGAAGAACAGAAUAAUUUUUUUUCUACCAUGAAAAAAUGAAAAAAAUUUAAAUUUAUUUAAAAAAAAAAAGCAUAUUUUAGUUGAAUAAAUUUUUUUAAUAAAAAAUAAAUUUUGCUUUUUGUAAUUAAAAUUGAAAAAAUAAACUAUUAAAUUAAAGUUAAAAUCAAAAGAAAAAAAUAUGGUGAAAAAUUUAACAAGUGGAAGAAAAAAAUAUGAAAAGAUUUUCUAAAAAAAGAAAAAGAAAAAAAUAAAAAAGUGAAGAAGGAACGACAAAGUAAAAGAAUUUUCCAAUUGUUCUCGGAGUCUGUCAAAAAAUAUAUGUGAAUAAAUUAAGUGAAGAAAAAAAUAUAUAAAUAUACAUAAUAAUAAUAUUUUUCAAAAAAUUCAGAUGCAGUAUUAUUUAAAAUUAAAUUCAAUAUAAUAAAUAUGUGUUUGCAUAAAUAUAUUAUAUACGUAUGUAUAUAAGCAUAAUAUAUAUGAAUAUAAAAAGUGAAAUAUAUAUUAGUGAAACGCUGUAAAGAGCAAUAUUCAAGUAUAAAAAUAAAACUAUUAACAAUAAUUAAAAAAUGUAUUUUAAUUAAUAAAUAAAUACAAAAUAUUAUAAAAAAAAAUAAAAAUCUAUAAAAAGAUUUAACAACUUUAGUAGACGUAUUUACAAAUUUCUGAUUCUUAAACUUGUGAAAAUAUAAACAAUAAAAUUCAUUUGUAAAACAUGGUUGUAAAGCAAAAGCUAUUUACAAAUUAUUUUAAACUUUUUUUUAAAAUAGUUGAAUGCUGCUAUUACUAUAAAACGAUACUGUAAAAGCUUGUUAAGCGGAAUACAAAAUUAUAUUUACCAGCAGAGCUACGUACAUAUAUAUGAUAUAUAUAUAUAUAUAUAUAUAUAUAUAUACAUUCUUUUUUAAGAAAAAUCUUCAUCUUUUUAACUUAACUUAAAAAAUAUAGUUGAAAAAAAAAUUUCUUUUUUUUAAAAGAAUCAUAAAAAAAAAUCAAUAAAACAUUUAAAACAUAUGUAUAUAUAAAAUAAAACAAUGACAAAUAAAUCAACAAAAUCUAAAUCUGCUUUAUUAGAAAUAACAAAAGGAAUAGCCCUUUUUUAUUAUAUUACAUCAACAAUUGUUUAUUGUCAGAGGCCGAUACCAAUCAGCAAUAGUACAGUAUAUAAAAAUAUCUCGGAUAAUUCAAUAACACCAUAUUUUAAACCACAAUCUUCAUCAUCAGCAUCAUUAUCUACAUCAUUAUCUUCGUUACCAUCAUCAUCGUCGUCGGCAUCAACAAAUUUGGGUAAAUCAUCAUUAAGAAGUGGUCAACAUAUAUAUGCAACAACAUCAUCAACAUUGCAACCAUAUACAGAACGUUUUGAUAUAAAUGAUAAAAAAUUAAAUCGUAAUUUAAGACCAUUUACAACAACACGACGACCAUCAACCCAAUAUCGUCCAAGACCACCAUAUAAUAAAACAAAAAAUAAUAUAUUAAAUCAAAAAUCUGCAAAAGGUUCAUUUGAUUCAUUAAGAAAUAAAUUAAUACAAGAGCAACCACAAGGAUCAUCAAACAUACCACAAUCAAUAACAUCACUUGAUAAUAAUUAUCAGCUUCCACCAUGGAAAAAUAGUAUUGUGUUAAAUAAUAACAAUAAUAAUAAUAAUAAUAAUAAUAAUAAUAAUAACAAUUUUAAUAUUAAUAACCACAAUAAUAAUAAUAAUAAUAAUAAUAAUAAUAACAAUAAUAUUGAACGUUCAAAGACAUCAAUUUUACAUCAAGCAGGAUCAGUUAAUCGGACAAACAAGAUUGAUAUAUUAAAGAUAUUAAUGGCUGAUGGUACUAGAACUGAUAUUGCAGAAGACUAUAAUGAUCAUAAUGGUGGUUUAUCAAAUAGUGCAUAUUCGCAAGUUCAUAGAAUAAUAAAAAAUAACAGCUACAUUGAUGAUAAUUACCCAAGUUAUUCAAAUUAUUUUGAUGAUCGCCUUGGAGUGAAAUGUACAUUUGAUACAGAAUGUGCUUGGAAAUGGACACAAAAUAUUUCAAAUUCUGAUUCAGUUUAUGUUACGAAUGGUGUUGAUUUAGCAAGCAUAAAUUUGACGGGUUUAUAUCCAGGUCCUAAAGCUGAUUCAUUAGAUGAUGCAAAUGGAAAAUUCUUAUAUAUACGUUUGCAUCCGGAUAUGUCAAACAUAACAUUAACCUCCCCGGUAUUUUCAAACACAUUAGAAAAUUGUCAGCUUGAAUUAUUUAUGCAUCAAAGUAAUAUGUUUCAUGGAUUAUCACGCAUAGUUAUACAACCGACUAAAGAUGGUGAAAGUCCAUGGGUAAUAUCCGAGAUUGCUGGCAAUGAUUUAAAUAUAUGGGAACCAAAACAUUAUAAAAUUGGUCGAGUUCAAAGAGAUUUUCGCAUUCUGUUAGAAAUUGUACCACCAGAAGCAUUAAAAAAUCGUGCACAUGUUGCUAUUGAUAAUUUACGAAUGUCUAAAUGUUUCAAAGAUAGUGCAAAAAAUCGUAACUGCAGUACAACACAAUUGAAAUGUACAUCAAAUAAAGUACCUGUUUGUAUAGAUUUGGAGAGUAUAUGUGACAUUGAUCAAGACUGUGAUAAUAAUGAAGAUGAGUCACUUAAUUGCGAUAAAAUUCCAUAUGGCGGUCGUUGUGAUUUUGAAGCUGAUUGGUGUGGAUGGAAAAAUGGUGCCAAAAAUAUGCUAUUAUGGUCAAGGCAUACAGGUCCAUCCCCAACUGAUAAAACUGGUCCUGAAGGUGAUCAUACUUACCAACAUAUGAGUAAUUCAAGUGGUUACUACAUGUUAGUCAACAUGAAUCAAAGCCAAAAGGAUCCAGAUCGAAAAAUUGGUUUCGCAUCAAAUGCUAUUAUGAAUAGCAAAAUAUUUAACCCACCACCAUCUUUACAUGGUAAUCCAAAUUCACCAUACCGUAAUUCUUGUAUGGUGCGGUUUAACGUUCAUCAAUACGGAUUGAAUGCAGGUAGCAUUAAUUUUUCUGUUGUUGAAAUUAAAGAAACAGAAAAUAUUACAACGACCUUAUGGUGGAGUAUGAAAAAUCGAGGGGAAAUGUGGCACAGACAAAUACAUAUUUUACCAAAUAUUACAACAAGAUAUUUUCUUCAAUUUGAAGCCAGAAUGGGAAUGAGAAUAUUUUCAGAUGUUGCAGUUGACGAUGUUUCUUUAAGUCCUGAAUGUUUCGGUAUUAAUAUCCCAGAAGAUCAAUUAGAUGGCUAUGAUUACUGGAAUCCUAGAUUGCGGGUUAAGAAAGAUCCGCACAAAGAUUUUGCUAAAAAAUCAUAUUAUGAAUUAAAUACAUGUGGAGCACGUGGAAUACUAGGGCCCACUGCCUCUCAAUGUGAAAAUGCAUAUAAAGACAUGAACAAUUCAUAUACCCUAGAUCAUGUCAAAAUUUUAGAAAUAGAUAAUUACAAAGGAAUGCAAAAAUGGAAAGUUCCAAGUGAAGGAUAUUAUACUGUUAUUGCUAAGGGAGCGGGUGGAGGAUUGAGUUCAAAUGGUGCUGGAUCAUCACGCGGUGCAACUUCCAUUGCAGUGUUAGAAUUGCAUAAAAAUGAAGAAAUUUAUAUAUCAGUUGGACAAAAAGGAGAAAAUGCAUGCCCAGCAACACUUGGAGAAAGCGACUGUGUGAGAAAUUCAAGUAAUUACCAGGAUUUAAUGGGGUAUCCUUCUAAAACACAUAUGGUGAAAAACUUUGUAUUUGAUCCAGCAGCUGGAGGGGGCGGUGGAGGCACUUUCAUAUUUCUAAUAAACUCUGGAAGUAGUGACGCGAUCCCUUUAAUAAUAGCUGGUGGUGGUGGAGGUCUUGGUUUUGGACGCUAUAUUGAUCAAGAUAUUCAGCACGGGCAAGGAUUUGAGCCAGAUCGUAAAAAUGUUACUGGACUUUCAUACACAGAUGGUAAUCGCACUGCCGGUCCUGGUGGUGGUUGGAAAGCAAGAGAUGAUACUGCGUUAGGACCAACUUUUGGUGCGUCAUUGUUAGAAGGUGCUCGGGGAGGUCACGCUUGUUAUAGUACAAAUGGUAUACACGGUCAAGGAGGAUUUGGUGGGGGUGGAGGUGGCUGCAUAACAGGAGGAGGUGGUGGUGGUUUUUCUGGAGGAAACAGCUAUAGCGGAGACUCGAUCAAUGGUGAAGGGGGCUCCUCGUUUAUAAAUCCAGGACGAAGUCUCAAAUCAUUGAGUCGUAUUUUACCAGCCGAAAAUACCGGUCAUGGUUCUGUUAUAAUAAUACCGGCAAUCGAAGGUUGUGGUUGUGACUACCGUUGUAUCGCUUUGGAUGAAUAUAGAUCAAUUACGAGAUGUAUAUGCCCGGAUAAAUGGAAAUUAAAACGCGAUAACGACACUUCAUGUGAAAUGAUAGGUGAUGAAACUGACGACUUGCCGAUGGAUUAUUUAAUAAUAUUUUUCUGUGUCAUCUCAGUAUUUUUAGCUAUAGCAUUUACUUUCUUAAUAUUUAUUUUAUAUAAUCGAUUACAACGUAAGAAACAAGCGGCUGAACGUCAUAAAAUGCUGCAAGAUCAAGAUCUACAACUAAGUAGAUUAAGACACAAUGCAGAUGAUUCAGCUUUAACUAACUUCAAUCCGAAUUAUGGUUGUGAUGGUAUACUCAAUGGAAACGUUGAUAUUAAAAGUUUACCACAAGUUGCUAGAGAAAGUUUAAGACUAGUCAAAGCCCUUGGUCAAGGUGCAUUUGGUGAAGUUUAUCAAGGUUUAUACCGUCAUCGAGAUGGUGAUGCUGUAGAAAUGCCUGUUGCUGUUAAAACUUUGCCAGAAAUGUCAACUGGUCAAGCUGAAGCAGAUUUUCUUAUGGAAGCUGCUAUCAUGGCUAAAUUUAAUCAUCCAAAUAUAGUACAUUUAAUUGGUGUAUGCUUUGAUCGUCAUCCACGAUUUAUUGUUUUGGAAUUAUUAGCAGGCGGUGAUUUGAAAAAUUUCCUACGUGAAGGUCGAAACAAGCCAGAACGACCAUCACCAUUGUCAAUGAAAGAUUUAGUAUUUUGUGCAUUAGAUGUGGCAAAAGGCUGCCGGUAUAUGGAAAGUAAACGAUUUAUUCAUAGAGAUAUCGCGGCACGUAAUUGUCUUUUAAGUAGUAAAGGCCCGGGUCGUGUAGUAAAAAUAGCCGAUUUUGGAAUGGCGAGAGAUAUAUAUAGGAGUGAUUACUAUCGAAAAGGUGGCAAGGCAAUGCUGCCUAUUAAGUGGAUGCCACCUGAAGCGUUUUUAGAUGGUAUAUUUACAUCAAAAACAGAUGUGUGGUCAUUUGGAGUACUCCUAUGGGAGGUUUUUAGUUUAGGGUUAAUGCCAUACACUGGUUUACCCAAUCGUGAUGUCAUGCAACUUGUUACCGGUGGUGGUCGAUUAGAUGCUCCAUCAGGUUGUCCGCCCGUAAUUUAUUCAAUAAUGGCUGAAUGUUGGAAUCCUACUCCAGAGGAGAGGCCAACAUUUGAAGUUCUACUUAAUAAAUUAACGACAUGCACACAGGACUUAGAAAUAAUGAAUGCACCAUUGCCAAGUAUUUUCCGGCCUCCUUCUUCUGAACGUGAUCAAACUGUCAUGAGACCAACAAUGUCAGAAGAUAUAUGCCUACAGAUUCCAAGUUCCUCAGACUAUUUGGUACCCUUACAAACAUCAAGAACUUUGACUGGUUUAUUACAAGAAUCGCCUGGUAUAACAUUACCAUCAGAUACAUUAACAACAUCAACUGUUGUUAAUUCAACAUCAUCAUUAUUAACAAGAUCAUGUUCAUUAGAAUGCGAUGAUAACAUGGAUCAAUCGUGGGAGACAUCAUUUACAAUGGCAAAUAAUCACAAUAAUAAUAACAAUAACAAUAAUAACAAUAAUAACAAUAACAAUAAUAAUAAUAAUGAUCAAAUGACAAGCGGAAAUACAAAUAAUAAACAUUCACCAACACAACAUUACUAUAAACAUCAUAUUAAUAGUGAUACAAAAUUAGUGAAUGGUAGAAAACCAGCAUUAAAUAAUAUUGUUAAUGGACAACAUAAUCACCAACAUCAAUUACAUCAUCAUCAUAACCAUAAUCAUAGUCAUCAAAAUCAUUAUAGUCAUCAUCCAUCAACAACAGUACAUUGUAUUACAACAGUACAUCCAAAUUCAAUAACAACAACAUCUUCUGCAACAGCACAAACCAUAGCCCCAACAACAAAUGGUUAUUGUACAUCAACAAGCUGUAAUAAUACAAAUAAACCAUUAUUAACAACAACAUGUGGUGUUUGUGACGAAGAUACAAGAUUAAUAAGCCUAGAUACACCGCAACCAACACCUACAUCAUUAAAAUCUCAUAUAUCAUUCUCUCAAUUAGAUGGUAUUACAUUAGACCCAACAACUUUAGAGAAAUGUGCAAAUAAUGCAGAUAUUUCACCAGCGGUACUUCAUAUAAUGCCAUCACAACCAUACGCUAAUAUACAAACAAAUAAUAUUAGAAAUAAUAUACAUAACAAUAAAACAACAUCUGCAACAACAAAUACAACAUCUGGGAUACAAACAUCAUCACUAAAUGGAGCAACAAAUGGUACUGGACAACAGCAACAUCAUAAUGGAUCAAUAGAUUUAAAAAAUUCUGAAUUAUUGAAUGGUAAUAAUUGCAAUUCCCCAAUUAAUGCAAAUUCUGUACCAUUCACAAUACAAGCAUUUAAUGAUCGAUUUAUAAAUCCCGAUAAUCAUUCAGAGAUAACAUGUUAAAAAAGAAAAUCUCUAAAACUGUUCUUUUAAGACUUUUAUGUUUUGUGAAUUUUUAUGCCGUUUUUUCGUUUUUUCAAUUUCAUCAUUUUGAUGAAAUUCUUGCCUUUUUUUUGUUGUUUCAUUAAGAUUGC